AUGCAGUCCAACGGCACAGCAGAAAACAAACAAACGAACUCAAACGGCCAGAGUAAUGGCCAGAGUGAACGCUCUAAGUGCCGGGAUAUAUUCCUCUUCAGCGUCUCAAGGACUCUGUCAAACGUCUUUUGUCGUUUGCUCUCGGCUCAGCCGGGAUGGGUUCAGUCAGACUACCAUUUCCAAGAAGGCUUCUUCCACGCACGAGAGCAAUUCCAAUGGGCCCCUUUGGCAGAGAUAAGCGAUGAAAUGCGCCUGGAAUACAUCGAUCAAGCUCAUAAGGGGGUGGAGGCACUUCAGAAGGCGAGAGAAGACGCUAUUAGACAGGAUAAACAUAUCUUUGUGAAGAAUCAUUCGUUCUUCGCGGUUGAACCGUCUGCUUUGUUGGAUAAAGUAAAGGGAGGCAAGGAACUGCCCUCUCUAACGAUUGUUCCCAGGCCGUUGGCAUCCGAACAGGAAGGCGACGUAUCAACUACGCCUACAAGACCAAAAACGAACCCAACUUUCUUACCCGACGAGUACCUUGCGUUAUGGCAGCCGGUGUUUAUAAUUCGCCAUCCAGCUCUUGUCGUUGAAUCAUGGUACAGGGCCGAAACAAGGGUCAGUCCCGUUAACGUUAGGGAUAGGGUGUGGUCGUAUCUGUCAUUCCGGUACUCUCGCAGCCUCUACGACUGGUACGCAUCUAAUGCCACUGCAUCCAACGGUACCGAGACAGCAGUAGACGGUAAAGGAGCCUCCUUCCUCAGGCCUAUUGUUGUGGAAGCGGAUGAUAUUCUUAGCGGAGAAUGUCUGACCAAGUUUUGUGAUGCUUGCGGUAUGAGCGCAGAACAUAUCAAGUAUGAAUGGGAGCAAAUACCGCCUGAAGGACAGGACGUUUCGGUGAGACACCUGAGUUAUCUGGGUGGCUUGUGGCAGUCGACGGGUCUUGACCAGUCCAAGUCUUCAAAGGGGUUAGAUAUGGAUGUUCGAUAUGGCAAGUGGAAGGAGGAGUUUGGGGAUAGUGUUGCAGAAGGGUUGUAUGAGCCGUGUUCGGGGCUGAUGCUGAUUAUGAGUAUUGAAGAGCAGACGAUAUAG